AUGUUGAAGUCGCUUUUAAACACAGCUUUCCUUCUUUACCUGUCCAGGUAGCCUGUUUUCAUUUCAGUCUUAAUGAAAACUUUUACAUUUACAUCUCAAGUUUCUUUCUAAAGCAGUAGAGAACUGAAACGAAUGGGGAUUGAACUGCUUUGCCUGUUCUUUCUAUUUCUAGGAAGGAAUGAUCACGUACAAGGUGACUGUGCCAUGGGAGGGGCAGAGACCUGUGAAGACUGCUUACUCAUUGGACCCCAAUGUGCCUGGUGUUCUCAGGAGAAUUUUACCCAUCCAUCGGGAGUUGGAGAAAGGUGUGAUACCCCAGCAAAUCUUUUAGCUAAAGGAUGUCAACUAACUUUCAUCGAAAACCCUGUCUCCCAAGUAGAAAUACAUACAAAUAAGCCUCUCAGUGUAGGCAGACAGAAAAAUAGUUCUGACAUUGUUCAGAUUGCGCCUCAAAAGUUGACUCUUAAAUUGAGACCAGGCAGUGAACAGACUCUGCAAGUGCAAGUCCGCCAGACGGAGGACUACCCGGUGGACUUGUAUUACCUCAUGGACCUCUCGGCCUCCAUGGAUGAUGACCUCAACACAAUCAAAGAGCUGGGCUCCCUGCUUUCCAAGGAGAUGUCUAAAUUAACCAGCAACUUUAGACUGGGCUUCGGCUCUUUUGUGGAAAAACCUGUCUCCCCUUUUGUGAAAACAACCCCAGAAGAAAUCGCCAACCCUUGCAGGUUGGAUCUCAGCAGCUCUCUCAGUUGCCUGGGCCCCUUGGAACCAAGAUGACCUCAUCUCAAUGCCUGGUUCUAGUCUUGGGUUCUUGCAGCAUCCUCACAUCUGUCUUCCUGUGUAGCAUCUUUUUCAGGAUGUGGCAAAUUUGGCUUUGUGCUCGGCAGACUAGGAAAGCGCGUCUUUCACUGUAGGUUCCGAUGGCCUGUGUCCAUCCACAGCCCCUCAGAGACCUUCUAGGCCCAAUGACCACCACUUUCUGAGGCUAUUGGACAGUAACUCACACUUUCUCAGAGUAUCUUUCUCCACUACAAUGACUUCUGCCAAAAUAACAAUUCGUGCAGCUCCCUCUGACAUCCUUUGGGAAAUGGGGAUUUCUCUUAUUGCUUGGAGAAGGACUUUGCAGCCUUCACUUCUAUCUAAUUCAGUAGGAAAUUAAGCAUUAUGGACCCCAUUAUAAUCUGUUAUUAUCAGCUAUUAAAACCAUUUAUUAUCCAGGUGAUGGUCAAGGGCAAGUUGCUUUGUGAUGGUUUCCCUGUACAGUCAAUGACAUGUUCAGAAUCAAGUUAUUCACUAUCCUUCUAUUAAAAAGAGCUACUAUUGGGCGCCUGGGUGGCUCAGUUGGUUAA